CCUUAGAGCAUGUGACCGAACAGUUUCUCGCGCUGUGUUCUUAUGCAAUAUUGGGAUUCUAACGAGCUCUUGCUUGACGACGGUCAUGGAAAUCAACUUACGGUCAUGGCUGGUUUCCGAAUGGUCCGAGAAGGUUGGGAAGUCCCAGGCCAAAAGGCUGUGGUUACAUGGACUACCAUCUGGAUCGUUGCUCUUAAUGCCGUGAAAGCCUGGCGUUAUGGCACGGAAGGUAUUUCAGAAUGGCCCAGGCUGCGAAUGGACACGAAGAAUCAGUGUGGUGGCUCCUUCCAAUCACCAAUCAAUAUCACUACAAGUGCGGCCAUCUUCGACAGUUCUUUGGGCCCAAUAAACUUUCUUCACUACCGUGAAGCUUUGCGGGAGGCUGUCAUCGAGAAUGACGGGCACACAGUAACGAUCACUCCUACCAGACGAAGCAAGGCCUUUGUAACUCUAGAUGACUUGCCUGGCGUCUACAAAUUCAAACAGCUGCACUUCCACUGGGGCGACAAGUCCACACAAGGGAGCGAACAUCGUGUAGAUGGAAAAUCCUUCGCUAUGGAAAUGCACCUGGUACACUUCAAUACUUUAUACGACAGCACAGAAGAGGCAUACGAGCACCCUGAUGGCCUUCUAGUUGUUGCCGUUCUUUUCAAGAUCGAAAAGCACGGCAACCGGGCUCUGGGAAGUGUCGUCAAAGCCAUUCGUCGAAUGAAUAAGCGAGCGGACAGGCAAGUGCAGCUGUCUCAGUUCGCUUCCCUUGCAGACCUUCUACCACAGAAGCCGUCUUUGUCCUACUUCUACCGAGGCUCUCUCACAACGCCACCUUGUGCGGAGGCGGUCAUCUGGGCUGUGCUAAAGAACUAUGAGAAAGUGAGCGAAUCACAGCUGGAAGUUUUCCGUCAUCUACAAGCUGAAGAAACUCCUGACGGCACUCUGCACCUAGUGAACAAUUUCCGGCCAAGCAUGCCACUGAACGGACGGCGCGUCUACAAAAAUUUUCCAUAAUCCACUGGCAAAAUAAAAUGCUUUCCUUUGACCAUAUAUUGAAAA